AUGUCAACAUUAGAGAACACAACAACUGCUAUCGUUCAUGAAGCCAUUAAUGAAGAAUACGAAUACAUACAAUAUAACAAACAACUUCGCCUCAUUCGUUCGGUCAAAGAUGACAUGUACCAAAUGCAAAGUAUAAUGAAUGCUCUUCGUUCUACAAAGCAAGCAUAUCAUUGGUUUGAAAACCAACAGACAAAAGAACUUUUAGAAGAAUUUCCUCAUAUGAUUGCUUCCCUCGGAAAACCGAGGGAAGAGAUUCCAUUCGAAAAUCGCAAGAAUUUGGCUCCUUGUUUGAAAGGUUAUUAUGUUCAUAGACUUUUAGUAAAUGCUGUAGCAAUGUGGGUUCACCUCGUUAUGCUUGUUAUAUUUUCAUGA